UCUUCAUUGCACCGGUUCCUCUUCAGUUUUGUGAGGCACGGUGCUGGUGCAGUCAGAGAGAACUCUACAGUUUGAGAUUGAUUCCUCUAAUUUACAGACACUUUCCAAUGCCUCGCCGUUUAGUUCCAAGGAAUGAUUCGGUUGAAGGCCAAAUUCCUCCCCUAAAAACAAGUUGACUUGUGCAACCAAUGCCACGAAAUUGGAAGUUGAACUAGAAUUCACCGAAAAUGAAGGACUGAAAAUCCCAUCCUCUACUCUAGGUAUCUUAAAAGCCAACUUUUGCUCCUGCUUAUCUCUCUUGAGGUCUGUAAUAUCACGACAUGGACGGCACGAAGUCUUUGAUGCUGCAGAGUCGCCACUUGAGAUCCAAGUGUGUCUUGAAACUGAUCAUCCGGACACCACAACGCUCGCGAACCUCUUCCUCUGCAGACGCUGACUGCUUUCAUUCCAAACCUCCGUUGAAUACUACUCGUCUUCAAGGAGCAUCGGUACAUGGUAGUGUAGCGCUAGCCUCAUGCAAGUUACUGGUGCUCUCUAAUAUGUUCCUAGCUCCAGAAUCGUACAUAUCAUCAUACUUCCCAUGCAAAUCCAUCGUCCGUUUAGUGCUUUGUUAGGUAGAUGUCUAUGCGAGACAGUGUCGACAAGAUGAAUAGCAUUUCCACGCAGCGGAUUUUGAGACUACUUCUCUCCUAGCCCGAGGUACAGAUCUGCUCAUAGUUUUGGAUUCUACCGCAUUUUAUCUCAGACAUUUUAUUAGUAUAUUUCAUUUAUAACCCCAACAAGGAGCCCAGCUGUAUUGAUGAGUUCUAGCUAGCGUUGUUUCAACCCG